AUUCCUCCAAAAUAGAAAGUAGCAACUUCGAAAACCUCUCGACCAUGACCGAACAGCCAACAGCUGUUUUUGACAUUUCCAUGUUUUUAUCCUCUUCCAACCUUCUACAACAAAGAUAUUUUUUUUUUGAUAAAUUUUUUUGUAGCAAUAUUUCUCUAGUGCAAGUAACACACUAGAAACACAACUAGAAAGCUAAUAAUCUAGAAAUCUCAUUAAAAAAAAACAACAGUAUUAUUAUUAUUUUCCAUUUAUUAGUCUUUGCUAUACGAAUGUUAAUUUUAAGUUAAAAAAAGACCAUCAUAGAAUUCCAUCUGGGUUUUUGCAUAGAGAAAAAAUCAUCUACAUAAAAUAAGGCUACGUGUCUUAACUAAAUAUAAUACCAACGUUGUUUUCUACUUGUACUUGUACUUGUUAACUCUUUAAAAAAAAGCUUAAAACGGAAGUGUAUACUUUCUAUUGCUGACUCCAUUAAAUGGUGCUGGCAUUUAAAAUUAGACACACAAGGUGCUUAUUAGAAUAGAACCUCUUUAAGACGAAGCCAAAAACAUGACCCGUAAUAGUGAGAGUGAGGUUGAAAUUCAUGAUCCAGUCGAACUUGAUGAUGGAAUCAAUAAAAGAAUUAACUAUGAAGACAAUGAAAAUUUCGAGGGAACACUUACCGAUGAUAGUUUUGAUGAUACGCCUCUAAUAAUACAAGGAAAUGUUGAAGAUGGAGAGUUCCCCAAGGCGCGCCACAUCUUUGGCUUAAUGGGUUUCCUUGGAUUUGCAGUUGUGUAUGCGAUGCGUGUCAAUUUGUCGGUUGCAAUUGUAGCAAUGGUCAAUCAGACAGCCAUUCCCCAUGCAAACAAAACAAUAAAAGACGACACCUGUCCGGCAAAAUCAUGGCGAAACAGUACUGAACCCGAAGCGGAAGGUGAAUUUGAAUGGGACGAAGCGACUCAAGGAAUAGUGCUUGGUUCCUUCUUUUAUGGGUAUAUUUUGACACAAGUUCCUGGCGGUCGAAUGGCCGAAAUAGUUGGUGGAAAGAUAAUAUACGGUGUUGGGGUUCUUAUCACAGCGAUAUUUACUCUACUAACACCAUUUGCAGCACGUUGGAAUCUACCAGCUCUCGUAUUGGUACGAAUUCUUGAAGGAAUGGGCGAAGGAGUGACCUAUCCAGCAAUGCACGCAAUGUUGGCACAUUGGAUUCCACCAACUGAGAGAAAUAAAUUCGCUGCAAUUGUAUAUGCUGGGUCAAAUAUUGGAACUGUAAUAUCACUUCCAUUGGCUGGUUGGUUAUGUUCAUUGGAGUUCCUUGGUGGAUGGCCAUUGGCAUUCUAUAUAUUCGGUGUAAUUGGUAUGAUAUGGUUUUGUUUCUGGAUGUGGCUGGUCUAUGAUCGUCCCAGUUCUCAUCCAAGAAUCUCUUAUAAGGAGCGUAACUAUAUCGAACGAGCUGUAAGACCCAGAAGGACCAAUGGCGAUGCACUUGUCGAUGAUGCUCAUGAUCCUGAAGAUAUUCCUUGGGGGUCAAUUCUAACUUCCAUUCCUUUAUGGGCGAUUUUGAUCACACAAUGUGGACAAGGUUGGGCAUUUUACACCCAACUAACAGAGCUUCCAACUUACAUGGACCAAAUUCUUCAUUUUGACAUCGAAUCCAAUGCAACGUUGAAUGCGAUUCCAUAUUUUACUGCUUGGAUUGUUGGAAUUUGUUGUUCGAUUCUAGCCGAUUGGAUGUUGGAAAAGCAAUACAUUAGUCUAUUGAACUCAUAUAGGCUAUGGAACUCUGUUGCUUCAAUUGUUCCAUCACUUGGACUGAUCGGAGUUGCUUAUGUUGGUUGCAAUUGGAUUUGGGUAAUGUUCAUGUUGGCCAUUGUUGGCGCUUUCAAUGGAGCAGUCUAUGCUGGCAACCAAUUGAAUCAUAUCGCCCUGAGUCCAAAAUAUGCUGGCACAAUGUAUGGUAUUACAAAUUCUACAGCAAAUAUUUGUGGAUUCUUGGCACCCUAUGUAAUCGGUUUGAUUAUAAACGGAAAUGAGACCCUAGCACAAUGGCGAAUUGUAUUCUAUAUGGCAGCUGCAUUUAAUAUAGGUGGAAAUUUCUUUUAUUUAUUAUUUGCUAGUACAGAGGAGCAGAGCUGGUCUCUCAGUCGAAGGAGAAGAAUUCGGAGUGACUGAGAAUUAGAGUUGUCUUCCAUUUUAUUAAAUAAGAAUAAUUACAAUUGAAUAUGUGAUAUGAUUACUAAAACCAUUCCAGCAGCGUUUGUCAAUUGUUUGAAUGCGUUGUUAAUGUAAAAUGAAGAAGACCUAAGAAAAUUUGAAACCAAUUUUGCAUAGAAUUUUCAAGGGAGUAUGUAAUUUCAAAAUGGUCGAGAUGUUGAUAAGAUUCAUUAUAUUCUGGUUUUUUGAUUUAUUAUUAAGUUUUUGUUAAAAAUUUAAUAAGCAUUUAUAUAGCUUUUGUGACAAUGUAAAUAAUGUACAUAUUUAUAAAAGAAAAAAAAAAAAACAAGUUCAAAAUGUACAACAGUUUAUUAUGACAAUGUUUUGUUAAAAAAAGCCUAUCUUGCCUGUGAAUUUGUUCACUAUUUGUUAAGAGUUUGGUUAUCUUUCAUGAAGUUUAAAGGUUAAAAAAAAAAACUAUAUAAAGUUACUAAAUUACCUAAAAUUAAAAAAAUUAUUUAAAUUUAAAAAAAGAAAUAAAUAGUUUAUGAUCUCCUUCAUUAAAACAAUUUAUCUGAAUACGUUCCUUAUCCUCAACAUCUCGAAUUGAAAUAAAUGUUUGUACAUGAAAACUAUUGAAAAAAAAAAAACAUUUUCGCUUGUACAUAUUUUUCCUUAAUCAACUUAAUGUAGUAUAGGUUAAUUGCAUAAAAAAAAAACAAUAGAUAAUGAAUACUAACCAGACAUCACAAUGUGUACUAAAGAAACUAUUUAUCCUUAAAUAUUUUAAAUAAU